GCAAAAAUGGCGCGUGCUGUACUAUGCAUGGCCAUCGCUUGCAUUUUAGUGCAAUGCGCUCUCUCUCAAAACUACGAUAAGGAAAAUCGUCGCCUCAUUCUGCAAAUUAAAGACCAAAAAACGACCAAUCAACAAUACUAUUCGUCGAAUUUCGAUACCAAUGCCUAUCGUUAUGGCUAUGAUAUCGGUAAGACGGGCAAUUUCCAUCAUGAGACCCGCGGUCCUGAUGGCGUUACCUACGGUUGUUAUGGUUACGUCGAUCCAUACCAUAUGUUACGUGCAACACAUUAUGUUGCCGAUACACACGGUUAUCGUACCGUUGAACCACAAAAACCUGUCGAGGUCUAUCCAGUUUAUGGCGAAAAAGGCCAUGGCGUAAUUUUGCAAUGGGAUGAGCUUUACUUCCCAAUUGGCUGUGGCAAGUUCGAAGGUGGCGCACGGCCAGAAUUUCCAGUAUUAAAUUUGGGUGAUAAGAAGCCUAGCGGUUUUACGCCAGGUUUCUCCCUUUCUCACGCACCGGGUGUGCAAAGCGGUUCAGCCAUUCUCAGCCCUUCACGUUAUGCCGAUCACGAUCGCGAGCGCAUACCAGCUCCCUCUGCACAUGUUGUCGCCACAGUGCGACCCGGCGACAAUGGUCCAUAUCCAGGUGAUAAUGGUGGUGGCCAAUAUACCGGCGGUAACGGUCCAUACAGUGGUGGAAAUGGUCCACACAAUAACGGCAACGGUCAAUACAAUAAUGGCAACGGUCCAUACAGUGGUGGAAAUGGUCCACAUAGUGGUGGAAAUGGCCCAUACAGUGGUGGAAAUGGUCCAUACAAUAGCGGUAGCAGCGGCGGCGGCGGCGGCGGCGGCGGCAGUGGAAGCGGUGGCAGCGGCAGCGGUGCCUAUUAUCCUGGCGGUUCAUCAGGUGGAAGCGGCAGUGGCGGCUACAACAAUGAUGGCGGCAGAGGUAGCGGUAACAAUGGCGGCAGCGGCGGUCAUGGCAGCGGAGGUAGCGGUAACAAUGGCGGCAGCGGCGGUCGUGGCAGCGGAGGUAGCGGUAGCGGUGGUGCUUACUCGCCCGGACCGCUCGGUGGAGCAGGUCCGGGUGGCCCAGGGGGGCCGGGUGCAUUGGGAUAUGUAGAUUCCGGCUCUCCUGGGGGCCCCUAUGUAGCAGGAAAUGGUAAUUAUGAAGGUUUUGAUGGUCGUUAUAAAGGUAUUAAACAAGGUCAAUAUGUCCCGGACAAUUCGGGCAAAUAUGUUCAUGUUGAAGGUCCAACUGGUCCACCAGCCGUACCAUAUGUGCACGUAGAGGGACCACAGGGCGGUUUUGGCGGUGAAGGCGGCGUCGGCGGCAAAGGCAGCGGUGGCGGCGUAGGACCAGGCGGCCCAGGCGGACCAAAGGGACCCGGCGGUCCAAAGGGACCUGGCGGCCCAAAGGGUCCACCCGGCCCACCUGGUCCACCCGGACCACCAGGACCAUUCGGCCCAACUGGACCCGGACCUAAGGGACCAAAUGGUCCACCCGGACCACCUGGCCCACCUGGACCAACACGUCCCGGCCCACCAGGACCACCUGGCCCACCCGGCCCAACACGUCCCGGCCCAGGCGGACCACCUGGACCACCAGGCCCAACCCGUCCCGGACCACCAGGCCCACCCGGACCAACACGUCCCGGCCCACCAGGACCACCAGGACCACAACCACCAUACAAACCAAGUGAUCCAAGAGACUCAAAUAAGAAUACACCCGGCUAUUUGCCACCCGUCUCAAAAACUGGUAAAAUAACGCAACCCAUUAAGUCAUCAUCAUUAGUUGUGGAGGGUGAAAUACCCACGACAAGCACACAUACCACCACCACAAAUACACAAACAUCUUUCGUGCCAAAUUAUGGUAGUAAUAAUGAUUAUGCACAAAAGAAGGUCACCACCCCCACAACCACAACCACAACCAACACCAAUACCAAUACUAACACUCAAUUUAAUAAUAAUAUUAAAACAACACCUCUAACCAAUAUUCCUCCUUCUUCUCCUCCCUCUCCUCCCAAAACCAUCACCACCACAACAACGACCAACACAAACACGAACACGAAUACGAAUUACCCGAAUGUACCGGUUAAUCCGCCGACUUCCUAUCAACAAACUAAUAAAUACUUGCCACCCAAUCGUGGUCCAAUUACGAAUAACUUCAAUCGACAGGAUAUAUCUAUUGAGAAGGAAAAACCGUACAAGACAAUUACCACAACAACUACAAACACAAAUACUGACAGACAAACCGGACAGAAAAUCACUCAAGGAGGCGUAGGUCAAAAGGUAACCACAACAACAUACGAACAAACACCCGGUAUCUAUAAUGGACAGAAGGUAACUACACAAAAGGAAACUAAUAUCUAUGGGCAAAUACCCGGUUAUCCGAUUGGACAAAAAGUAGUCGAAAAAGUAACAACCACGACAACGACGAACCAAAAUGUACCUAGCUAUCCAACAGGACAGCGGGUCGUUGAGAAAGUGACCACCACGACAAAUACCAACAGAAAUGAAGGCUACAAGCCCAGUCAGCCCACAGGUGGUCAACGUUUCGAACAAAACCGGCAAACAGAAAAGAAUGUAGUUACCAACACCAUUACUAAUUACCAAACGCCACGUCCCUCCUAUCCACCGACCGAAAUAAAUAACGAACGUGUGUGCUCUUGCAAUACGGAUCGUAAUCAACAAACUACAAUAGGCACACAACAAUCUACAACCUCGUCCUUCGGUAAACCAACGUCGGAUAGUAAAUUGUAUAAUCAACAACAAUUCACAACACAAACAACAACCGCAUCGGGCGGCCAAGCGUUCUUUGGCGGUAUAACGAACUCUAUGUCAUUGUUACAACAACUGCCGGUGUUUCCACAAGCGCCAGGUUAUGCCGCCUCCUAUGCACCGGACAAGAUACCCAAAGGUGCCAUUGUAGCAUUUAUGCCGGUAAUCAUUUUACCACAAUCAGCUUACGAACAAUGCGACGAUAAUGCGUUACAUACGGCCGACAGAUACCAACAGAAUGUCGACAGCUUCCCAUUGGGCGUGCAACCAGCACCGAUUCCAUUUAGCUUUAGUCAGAUUACAGGCGGUGCACGUAAAGAUCAAUGCAUGUGCCCUUGCUCUUGCACACAAAACAUACCAGACAGACUGCACAAGAAACGUGACACGAACGCUAGUGACGGACUGAAUGCAACCGUAGCCGUAGACAAUGAGAAAGAGACCGUUGAAGUGAAAGCUGUAGAAGCUUUAGAGACGGGCGAACAAGCGGAGACCAAAGUGACGGAAAAUAAGGUACUAGACACGACGCCAGCAAGCACGGAAAAUGUAGAAACAACAAAGCCAUUGACACCAGCUGUGGUGGAUACAGCCGAACCGGUAGCGUUGGUUGGCGAAGCGACUGCAACGACGACAGUAACGACAAACGAAGAUGUUAAUGUCGCGCCAGAAAGCGAAAAGAUCGCAGAGCCGUCCGCAACUGUUGUGGUCGAAGAAAAGAAAGACUAAACAGACGUUAUGACGAACGACGUUAAUGACGUUAUAUUACAAUUUGUCAUCUACAUACUCACAAACAUCCUGCAAGAAAUCCUCUCCAAUUUAGGAAUGACAAAAUAAGUUAUCUACGGAUACCAUAUGAAAUAACGCCGUCCGUUAGCAAAAGAGAACGUCAACCACAGCAAUCGACAGCCACCAACGUCCCGCUAUCCUACAUCCUCUCCGCACAUCCCAACAAACGCUUGUUGCUUGCUCAGUCAAGUCAGCUGGUGUCCCUUAAGCGGACACACUGCUGGCCUUUGCAAGUAAUACCGGUACCGUUCCUGCAUAUGACGUGCCUGGCAGUUGGUCCAUUUCCUUAUGCGUUCCCCCGUCCAAAGCAACACGCUACGUGCCCGCUCCCGUCCUUAUAACACCUCUCCCGUCCAACAGUAACGGUUACUACAACCAUUCUGGAAUCCUGAUCCUCAUUACCAAGCGUAGCAAGCAUAUCCUGGCAUCCCGAUCCUGAUUCCGUACCGGCUCCAUACGUCCAGCUCCCGAUUUUGUGUUCAUGCCCUUACAAUGUUUAUUUAUAGUAACAACAACAAAAACAAAACAAUAAGAAAAUACAUUGUAAGCACUAAAAGAUGUAAAAGUCAAGGCAGUAAUGUAGAGAAAGAGAUUGUAUGAAGAAUAAGAAACAGAAGAAGAAGAAGAAGAAAAGAAAAGACAAAAAAUACUCUUAGAUAUAUAAUUUAUGUAUAAAAUCGAUGUAAAUGAGAAUGCGCGAACUUCUCCUUCCGUCUUUCUCUCUCUCUCUCCCUCUCUUUCUCUCAUUAUGAAUAUGUUAUGUAUGCACUCAUUUAUGAGAAAGCUAAAAAAUAUUUGUUAAAUUUGUUCUUUUGUUUGCGAAAUUAACGCUUUUUAUGUAUGUAUCACUCACCAACUCUAUGUAUAUAUGUAUGUGUGAGUGCGUUGAAAUAAGCGGAAAGAAAUGGUAAAAUGCAUGAGGCGCCGUUCCUCUAGUUAGUUAAUAUGCCCUUAUUAACUAAUCGCAUUUUUAGUUUCUUUCAAAGCUCACCACACUCACACAUGCAUACAUACAAACGUAUGCUUAAGCAUUGAAAGCGCUCGUCGCUUUAUCAAAGUAAUACUCAAAUGUAUUUUCGUUUGUAAGCAUUCGCCGUCUAACGGUUGUGCUUAGAAGCAGCAAAAAGUGCAUUUGACGCGCUGAUUGAAAAGAGAAAAGAAUCCUAAAGAUGAUGAUGAUGCGAAGUUAAUUAUUACAAUGUGAAAUGUUGUUUAUUAUGCUUUGGCUAUAUACAUAUAUACAUAUGUACUA